AUGGGGCAAACGGCGCGUGAAAACGAGAUAUCUCUCAAUACCUCCCUAAACGCCUCGAUCUUCAUACCAUACCCAGGACCCCCGACUGCCCCCCUUCCCACCGAUCGCGAUGCCAAAAUCAAACUCCUCAAGGCCCAUCACCACAAAGUUCGCGGAAAUAUCGUCACGGCUUUCAUUCUUGAGAAAGAACAAUUGCUUUCUAAGUUCAAAGAUGAUAUCGCAAAGCACAAAAGUGGUAUAGAAAGUGGUAGGAAUGACAAUGGUUUAAAAACUUUUAGGUCAACUGACAGAGAACUCUCGGUUUCUGUCAAGGAAGAUGCGAGGGAGAAAAAUGAUGAAAAGGAGUUGGAAGCUCUCGGGUGGUUGAGAGGUCCGAGAUGGUUGCUACUUUUGCAGUCGGAAGAUGUAAAAAAGGGGGUUUGGGAGCUUCCGAAAGAGGAACUGGAUAGAAGGGAGAGUAGAUUGAAGAAGGAAACAGAGGGUCACACGGGUGAAGAGUAUGAGUGGAAAAUGAAGGACUUUUAUAACCACGAGCAGAGGAGCACCUCGCCGCAGCCUGUGGGUGUGGGUGAAAGCGAGGGUGAAAGAGAUAAUGAAGGUGAUAUUGUGAUGGGUGGUUUAGAUUUGUCGAAUGUGUCACCGACUCAACUUUUUAUUCCGGCUAAUACGAGAACUCCCUUUGAAAUCCAGCACAAAUUCAAUUUAGACCUACAAAAAUUGCUAGAAACAGGGAUCAAGAAAUUGAAGGAGUACAAUCAACAUACGGAAAUGGUCAUGGCGAGAUAUAAGCAAGAUUUGGGGGCGGCUAUUAUCGAUCGCCUUGGAAAGGAUACGUCGGGAGGUGGAACAUUGAAAAGCGCGGGGCAGAAAGUUCAAAGUGUACCAAGCCCGUCUAAGCCUAUUGAAGGAAUAUUGAAGAGGAAAUCUGUUUCAAUGCAGAGUCCCUCGGAUACUCUAAGCGGUAUCCUGAAGAAAUCUGCUACGAUACAUAUUCCAACAGAGAAAGGCGGCACUGCUCUAAAGAAAUCAGUCUCAAUCCAAAUUCCACCAAGUCAUCAGAACGCGAUUUCAGAUGCACCCUCAUUGAUACAGAGCCCGAUGGAGAUGACCGGCAGCGCUUUAAGGAAGGUUCGUCUUGAUGACCAUUUUUGGAACUCCGCAAGCCCAAGCCCGUCGUCCAUGAACGCUCCGAGUUAUCCACAACAGUUCCAAUUUCCUACAAAUAUUCCGACAGGUCUAGCAAGUUCCGAUACUUUCAAACAACCUUCCAACUCCUCGAGCGUGCCACAGAGCCCUUCUACGCCAAGCGCUCGCACAGGUUCCAGAGACUAUCAAAAUGGAAAAAUUGGCAAAACCUUCGUAUCAUCAAGCAAUUGGUAUGGCUCUGGAUUUCACAAUUUAGAUAUAAGAACUCAUGAUAUGAUCCAAAUCAUAGACCACAUAUUCGGCGAUACCUAUGAGGGGCUCAAUAAAGAAACACAACAGAGGGGAAAAUUUAACAUCAAAUACUUUUUGGGGGAUCUCGACUCUAUGAUGCCCAUCGACCAAGUUGGCAAGAUCUUCACAUCAUCAAGCGACUACGCUCCGAAGCUCGGGUCCGACUAUUGCAAUUUAGAAAUUAGAUCUGGCGACAAAAUCAAAAUUAAGAAGUACCACUCCAAAUUUGCGUAUACGGGACUUAAUAUGACAUCACACAAGACGGGGAUAUUUAACUUGAAUUUCUAUUGGAAGGACAUCGAAGUUGCCGACGACAUUAACAGAAAUUCCAUGUUGUCUGGCCCCAAAAAUGACUCCAAUGACGACCAUAAUUCACCUGUUGGCAAAACCCUUACAGCAAUUGACACCUGGGGUCCAAAGCAUGAUAAAGAUGCAUCAAAUCUGAGUAUCAAAAUUGGCGAUAAGAUUACAAUUAACAAGUACAUCAACGGAAUUACGUAUACCGGAUUGAAUGAAAGAUCAAGAAAGACUGGACAAUUUAGCAUGGGGUGUUUUCGAGAAGAUAUCGAGCACCCCUUUUUCGUAUCAUCUCCAAACUUUAUUGGCAAAACCUUCAUAUCAUCACACACUCCCAAUCCACAAAGGCAGCGUGGUACGACCGAUGAGUUAGAGAUAAGAGCUGGGGAUGAGAUUAAAAUCAUCGGCCCCAACUCCGAGAAUAUGUAUGGGGGUUAUAACGUCAAAACGGAAAGGGCGGGGCAAUUCAAUAUCGAGUCCUUUCGAAGAGAUAUCGAUCCUCUCGACAAUGUUGGCAAGAUCUUUACAGCCACAAGCAGCCUUCAGACGUCAGACCUUACUGCUCUGCGGAUUGAGAUUGGUGAUAAUAUCAAAAUCUUGAGUUUCAUGGGGUAUGGAUUUUACAAUGGACAUAAUUUGAGGUCAGGACAAACGACGGGACGCUUUUUUAUAGAUCAAUUUCAGAACGAUAUCAAGGCAGCUCGCAAACCUCCGAAUGACAGCGAAUACUCUCGGACGGAAGUCGAACCUGCCAACAAAAUUUCACCGCCUAAGAAUGGCAAUAUUGAGAAACCCGGCUUUAGUUUUUCGAUCAAGGGCACAGCGAAGAAUCUUCCAAGUGGACAGACGGAUAUUCGUAGAUUAUCUAAUGGCAUGCCGAUUGUGACGGAAAAUGGGGAAAAUGGGAGAGGGGCGGAUAGUAUUGAGAAACUGGCUAGGAGGGGUAUUUAG